AUGACCCCUGAGAUUAGACCUCCAGUAUAUCAUAUGACCCCUGAGAUUAGACCUCCAGUAUAUCACAUGACCCCUGAUAUUAGACCUCCAGUAUAUCACAUGAUCCCUGAGAUUAGACCUCCAGUAUAUCACAUGACCCUUGAGAUUAGACCUCCAGUAUAUCACAUGACCCUUGAGAUUAGACCUCCAGUAUAUCACAUGACCUAUGAGAUUAGACCUCCAGUAUAUCACAUGACUCCUGAGAUUAGACCUCCAGUAUAUCACAUGACCCUUGAGAUUAGACCUCCAGUAUAUCACAUGACCCCUGAGAUUAGACCUCCAGUAUAUCACAUGACCCCUGAGAUUAGACCUCCAGUAUAUCACAUGACCCCUGAGAUUAGACCUCCAGUAUAUCACAUGACCUAUGAGAUUAGACCUCCAGUAUAUCACAUGACCCCUGAGAUUAGACCUCCAAUAUAUCACAUGACCCAUGAGAUUAGACCUCCUGUAUAUCACAUGACCCCUGAUAUUAGACCUCCAGUAUAUCACAUGACCCAUGAGAUUAGACCUCCAGUAUAUCACAUGAUCCCUGAUAUUAGACCUCCAAUAUAUCACAUGACCCCUGAGAUUAGACCGCCAGUAUAUCACAUGACCCCUGAGAUUAGACCUCCAGUAUAUCACAUGACCCCUGAGAUUAGACCUCCAAUAUAUCACAUGACCCCUGAGAUUAGACCUCCAGUAUAUCACAUGACUCCUGAGAUUAGACCUCCAGUAUAUCACAUGACCCUUGAGAUUAGACCUCCAGUAUAUCACAUGACCCCUGAGAUUAGACCUCCAGUAUAUCACAUGACCCCUGAGAUUAGACCUCCAGUAUAUCACAUGACCCCUGAGAUUAGACCUCCAGUAUAUCACAUGACCUAUGAGAUUAGACCUCCAGUAUAUCACAUGACCCCUGAGAUUAGACCUCCAAUAUAUCACAUGACCCAUGAGAUUAGACCUCCUGUAUAUCACAUGACCCCUGAGAUUAGACCUCCAGUAUAUCACAUGACCCAUGAGAUUAGACCUCCAGUAUAUCACAUGAUCCCUGAUAUUAGACCUCCAAUAUAUCACAUGACCCAUGAGAUUAGACCUCCAGUAUAUCACAUGACCCCUGAGAUUAGACCUCCAAUAUAUUGCAAUACAGAAAUGUAG